CCUAAAUGACUAAUGAUGAUAAAUACAAGCUUCCUCUUCUUCCUCAAACACUCCCUCUAUGAGGAGACCCUGGAGCUGCUCACUGAGGAGACGGCCAACGAGGUGCUGGAUAUCUUCGGUGUGGCCGAGCCGUCCCAGCUUCCCCAUGUUAUAGCCAGCCCUUCCAUGGCCAGAGCCAGCCCUGACUGUGGCCUGGCCCACCUAGAGCGGCUGGAGUCCAUCGGAGCCCCCUCCGUACCCCUCACCCUGUCCAAGGCUGCCCUGGCCCUGCGCAUGGCAGACCUGCAGCUCUACAGGCAACACAUGGACCGACACACAGAGAUGCUGCAGGUGUAUGGGUUCAUUGAGGAAGCCAAGCUGCUGCUGCACGGCAGAGGGGAUACGGUGGUACCUACUCUCCUGGCUCGUCACCUCCGAGACAACCAGGACGGCCUGCUGGUGGCAGCCUUGGUGGCGCUGCACGAGAACGACAAGGUCAAACUGGACGAGGCUGACCUCUUCUUCCAGGAGCUGUGUGGGGAUGUGUCAGGGCCCCAGGGAGGCCCUCAGCUGCUGGUUGACUUCUGGGAAGCCUUGCUGAUGGCCUCGUCACAGGAAGCCGUCAUCCAGGAGCUGCUGUUCCGCCUCACCACUGUCUACAUCGAUCGCGUCACACGCCGAGACGGCCGCGGAUUCAAACCGCUCAAGAGCGCAGACGACCUGAUUAACUGGUGUUCUCACUAUGGCGUGUUGUAUCCCUGGGUCAGCAUCCUGACUCCAGCUCACGUCAACAUCAUUCCAGAGGACCUCCACAAACUACAGGUCAGUCUCUCUGCAUCAUGUCUGUGCUAUUUAUCAAUUUAUCAGUCAGACAUGGAAUCAAUCAACCAACCAAUCAACUUGUAA